AUGGAAGUAGAACAAAAUGAAGCAUCGGAUGUCGAACUUAAUUCCCUAUCUGAGUCUAGACCUUCUGAAAGCCUUGUUGAACCGUUGCAAAUUAUUGAAGAGGACCCAGUUACUGACUCUAAUAUCUCCCUUAAAAAUAUAAAUGAUGAAAUUAGAGUUCUUCGUAAAGAUAUAUGUAGCACUUGUGAAAAAUUUCAAGUAGAUAUUCAAUCUGCUGAAAUUAUGAAAGAGAAGGAUAAAGUUGCAAGUUUAAAAUCGGAACGUGAAUUGCACUUGCGCAAAGCCAAAGUAUUCUUGAAAAAGUGUAGUUCAGUAAAGGAAGACAAAAAUGUGAAUAAAAACAAAUUAUCUAUUUGCUUCGAUUUUCAAAAGAAUAUCUGCCAUUGCCGAUCACUAAUGUAA